AAUUGUAGGUCUGUUCGUUUUCGUUACACCGCUGAACUAGUGCAAUAAGUUGAAGUGAGAAAACAUAUACUUGUCUCGCUUCAACUUAUUGCACUAAUUCAGUGGUAUAGCGGAAACGAAUAGACUUUGUGUGUGUAUGUAUGCGUUUUUGUAAAAAGUUUAUAAACAAAUUCACAUCGUUUAAAUAGACAAAGAUCAUGAAACAUUUCUUGUUUUAAGAAAUGCUAGAGGCCUUUUCUAUAGUGAUGUAAUUAGAUGGUUUCACUUUUGCGUGUAUAAACCUAUCCUAUAAAGAAGCGCAUGUCCUGAGAGCCAGUUCAAUUAUUGACAGACUGAAAACUAUUUGUCGCUGUUUGAAUAAAAUUGUGUGUUGUAAAUUGACACUACAUAUAUCUUGUAUCAUUGUAUCAGGUUAGGUUGGCCGUUACAUUCGUGUGCGCUUGGUUGCAGAAAAGUUCCAGAGCAGGCAAGGAAAAUUGUGAGAAUAACUAAAGUAUACAAAAAACACGGAGAAUGGCGUUCUACAAUAUUAUUUGGAUGGAUUUGGAGAUGACUGGACUUGAUAUUGAGAAAGAUCACAUAUUAGAAAUUGCCUGUAUCAUAACAGACAAAACAUUACGAAUUAUCAGUGAAGAGUUAAAUAUUGUGAUACAUCAACCAGAUAUAAUUUUAAGAAAUAUGAACGAAUGGUGCAUGGAACACCAUAAAAUUAGUGGAUUGGUUGAUGAUUGUCGCUCAAGCACAAUCUCACUAAAAGAAGCAGAACUGAAAGUGCUCAAAUUCUUAGAAAAAUAUGUUCCUAAAGGUAAAUGCCCAUUGGCUGGGAACACAAUCUAUAUGGAUCGUUUAUUCUUAUACAAGUACAUGCCAUUGGUGCAUGAAUAUUUGCACUUCAGAAUCAUCGAUGUUAGCUCAGUCAAGGAACUUUACAGAAGGUGGGAUCCGAGUAUACACGCAGCUGCACCUACGAAAAAAUUAAAACACAGGGCGCUGGAUGAUAUAAAAGAGAGUAUUGAUGAACUAGCUCAUUAUAAGAAACAUAUGAAAUAGAAUAAUACAUUUGUAAUUCGAAAGAAACUCCGAUGAAAUACCAUAUGUAUAUAUGUAUCAAACAAAAAGCACUGCCAAGCACUGAACAUUGAACCAAAUCUGUGGAGCCAAAAACAUUGAACCAAAUCUGUGGAGAUCCACAGAUCCGAGUGUACUAUAAAUGUGUAAAUAUGAACACACCUGUUCACAUUCAUCAUGGAACAUAAUAAUGAAGACAUAAUAAAACAUAAGAAUACGUAUUGAAA